AUGAACGCGUUGUCUCAGCACUUUCCAGCCAUGAAUCGGAAUGCUGGUACUAAUGGGGAUCCUUUUGUCUAUGCUCAAAUGAUGAACAAUGCUGCUGCUGUCUCACAAGCUAUGCCAAUGUCUAAUGCUUUUGCUAUGCAGGCACAACAACCACAACUUCCUCAACCAGAACAAAAACUACAACAAUUAGAUGAAGAAAAGAUUUAUGGACUUGUAUUGGACUUGCUCAAUCCUUCUUCGAGAGAACAAGCUUUGUUAGACCUAAGUAAAAAGAGAGAACAAUAUGAAGAUUUAGCACUUGUUUUAUGGUAUUCUUAUGGCGUCAUUCCAGUCUUGCUUCAGGAAAUCAUUACGGUCUAUCCUUUAUUGACACCCCCUACUUUAAGCGGAGGAGCCUCUAAUCGAGUCUGUAAUGCACUUGCUCUUCUUCAAUGUGUUGCCAAUCAUAAUGAAACCAGAAGCUUAUUUCUUCAAGCUCAUAUUCCUCUUUAUUUGUACCCAUUCUUGAAUACAACUAGCAAGACCCGUCCUUUUGAAUAUCUAAGAUUAACAAGUUUGGGUGUCAUUGGUGCUUUGGUUAAGAAUGAUAAUCCUGAAGUCAUUAGCUUUUUAUUAUCUACUGAAAUUAUUCCUCUCUGUCUUCGUAUUAUGGAAACAGGCAGCGAACUCUCAAAGACAGUAGCCAUCUUUGUAGUUCAAAAAAUCCUUUUAGACGAGACAGGCUUGUAUUAUAUCUGUCAAACAUAUGAACGCUUUUAUGCAGUUGCUACAGUAUUGCAUAAUAUGGUCAACCAAUUAGUUGAGAAUCAAGCCAUGCGCUUGCUUAAGCAUGUUAUUCGUUGUUAUUUACGCCUAUCUGAAAACCCAAGGGCACGUGAAGCGUUGCGUCAAUGUCUCCCUGAACCACUUCGUGAUUCUACUUUCCACCAAGCCUUAAAAGAUGAUAUUGCUACAAAACGUUGUCUUGGUCAAUUAUUACUCAACUUGUCUGACGGCAUUAACUAA